AAUUGUUUCGAUGAAUAUUGUAUCAAAUGACACCUGUCUCCUCAUGAAGCUGAUAACGUAUAUAAGCUAUCCCUCCCUCAAAAAUAUAGAUGCAUCUUAGCUUCCCAAAAACUGACAUUGCCAUUUUAUUUUCUCUACAAAACAACUACUUUCAUUUCUAAUAUUUUCCGUAGUACGUAUUGAAUAAAAGUGUUGAUCUCUUUAUCUCUUCUCUGUUUUCCUCCUCUCAAGUAUGAUUCAAAGUCACAUAACUUUUGGAGUUGUGGCAAAAGUAUUCUAGCUAGGUCAUGACUUGCACUAAUGAAAUGGCUUUUUUCCCUCCCAAUUUCAUGCUACAUACUUCUCAUCAAGACGACCAUCAAGACUUCCAAGGUGUUGGUUCAUUUCUAGGGAAAAGAACCAUGUCAUUUAGUGGGAUGGAGGCUAAUAAUAAUUGUGAGAAAAAGAAUGGAGAGGAAGAUUUAUCUGAUGAUUGUUCACAUGAGGCAGCUAGGGAGAAGAAAAUUAGGAGGCUUAAUAUGGAGCAAGUGAAGACACUUGAGAAGAACUUUGAGUUAGGGAAUAAACUUGAGCCAGAGAGGAAAAUGCAGUUGGCUAGAGCUCUUGGAUUACAACCAAGGCAGAUUGCCAUUUGGUUCCAAAAUAGGAGAGCAAGAUGGAAAACCAAGCAAUUGGAGAAAGACUAUGAUGUUCUCAAGAGACAGUUUGAAGCUGUCAAGGCAGAAAAUGAUUCCCUCCUAGCUCACAAUCAGAAGCUUCAUGCAGAGAUAAUGAGACUAAAAAAUGGAGAGCAGCAGCCAACAGAAAUAUCAAUCAACUUGAACAAGGAAACAGAAGGUUCAAGCAGUAAUAGAAGUGAAAACAGCGCAGAAAUGAUGAAGCUAGAUAUCUCAAUGACACCUGCAUCCAUUGACAGCCCAAUAUUAGCAUCCACUACUCAUCAGCCAAUUACUAGGCGCAGCAGACUCUUGUUCCCACCCACCAUGAGGCCUAAUGGGGUAACACAACAAGUGCCACAGAGCAAUAUGAAAUUAAUGGACCAAACUGUCAGAGAAGAAACUUUACCCAACAUGUUUCUCUGUGCCAUUGAUGACCAAUCACCUGGAUUUUGGCCAUGGCUUGAGCAAUCACAUUUUAAUUAAAUUUUUGAAAAAUA